ACUCCAAAAUGAUUCGACGGAACCCAACGCGCCUAGAAAUUCGUCAAGACGACGUUGAACGUCUUCAAUCAUUUCGUCAGGAGUACAAAAAAAAACUUUCUCAAAAACCUGGUGCGAGCGGCAAGG